GGCCACGUCCGUGCAGGCCGUGGUGGCGGCAGCUGAAGUGGGUCGGCGACCGCACCGGAACCUCGCGCGAUGGCGGAUUGGGCUCGAGCUCAGAGCCCUGGGGCCGUGGACGAGCUUCUGGACGUGGAAAACAAGCGGCUGGCAGACCACCUGGCCUCCAAAGUCACUCGGCUCAAGACGUUGGCCCUGGACAUCGACAGGGAUGCAGAGGACCAGAACCGCUACCUGGACAGCGUGGACUCAGAUUUCUCGAGUGUGACGGGCCUGCUCACUGGCAGUGUGAAGCGCUUCUCAACGAUGGCACGGUCCGGGCGUGACAACCGGAGGCUUCUGUGUGGCGUGGCCCUGGCCUUGCUCGUGGCCUUCUUCAUCCUCUCCUACCUCCUGUCGAGGGCAAGGACGUGAAGAGCGGGCUUCGGGACUGGACGGACAGCCUGGCUGACACGCCGACCAUGAGACACAGCAACUGGUCAGCCUGUGGAAGACACCCUCCCCUUGAGUGCAGCCCCUCCCCAUGCGUGGCCUGAGGGGCCCAGAGUGGGUUAGACUCAGAUGUGAGACCCUCUGUCCCCACGGAGACAGAACACUCUCUCUGCCCAGCCUGGGCCCCGGGGCAGGCAAGGUGAGCCGAGGAUGAAGGAGCUAAAACUCAAGCAUGGACACUUUUCCUUGUGGGGAGCUCUUCUGUUGGAGGGCAGCCAGGCCACUGCACAGAGCACUGCUCCACCAAAAACUCCCAGCUUCUUUUGAAUACCCCCUGCCCUCUCAGUCUCUCCACCCACUCAGGUGGGCUGUGCCCAGACACCAUGUACUCUCCCCCCCCCUACACACACACACACAGCCAGACCCAAGGUCAUAUGUCUUCCUGUGGGACACUGAGGACAGACCUCCAGUCAGUGCCCUGCUUGGCCUUGACCAGUCACUCAGCUUCCUAGUGACCUUACUACUCUGAGGACCUUGCUCUGGGGCCCAACCAGCCAGAAGGACUUUGCCUCAGAAGGCCACCGUGGUCCUUAGCACCAGUAUCAGCCCCUCAAUCCAGGAGAGUGACCCUUCCACCUUACCACCCUCCUUGUCAUCUGCCAUAGCACAUCUGGACUAAAAGCCCAAAGCUAUUUGAGUUCUUUCCACCUCCUUAUUUAUCUGAACGCAGUCAUUUCCCUCCUCAGCCACGUCACGUGCUGCUCCUGUCAUUGAGAGGAUGGCCUACCCUGCCAUUAUAGGCCGAGGCUCCCUGUAGACUGGCCAUCUACACUCCUGGCCUCUGUGCAGGCUCCCAGCCUCUCAGUCCCCUGGCCCCAUCCACAGUGGGUGUGCAGGUGCUUUGGACUGUAGAUUGUACCACACCAGUAUGUAGGUACAGGUAGAGAGCAAAGAGAGUGCCUUAGGUGGAUGCUUGCCUCUGAAGAAAGCCAGAGGUCUGGCAGCCAGGCUGUCCUCGCUGCCCUCCGGUCAAGGAACGUUCCUCCACUGUGAACAGGGACAGUAAGAGGCCUGUUGCCGAGCACUUUUCCAUGGAUGCUUCCCUUAGUCUUCCUCUGCUCAUGCUGUUGGUACACAGACAUGGCUGGCUGAUAGCAUUUGAUCCCGGAGGGAACUGGGGCUUUGCUCCCAGACAUGAUCUGGGGUGUGUGGGUAUGAUUUGACCUUGCCUUGUGGAUGAGACUUGACUGCUGAUGCCGAUUGCCAGUUUGCUCACACCUGAUUUGUUACUCUGUGUGUAAUAAACGCCUGCUGACGUCACCAUUACAA